AUGCCUCCAGCGUCGGUCUGGUCGUCUUUCCCGCCACCUCCCCGCGCUCCCCCGCGAUCCCCUUCGUCGUCGCGUCGGACCUGGAGGCGGUCCCGCCCGUGCUGCUCCCGGUGGGGAUGCCGCCCCCCCGGCUCGGCUUCGCUUGGCCCUCCUCCUGCGGCACCUCCCGUGGCCAAGCUCUCGGUCACGGCUUCGCCGCCCGCGCCUACUCCUACGGCUCCACCCGCGGCCGCCCUGGCCCCCGACUCCACCCACCCAGCUGGCUCCGCUGCCGCGGGCGGAUCCGGCGCCCCUCGACCCCGCUCCGGCGCCGCCGUCGGCACGUCCCCGACCUCGCUGAUCCUCCACUGCACCGGACCGAUGCUCCAGCUCCUCCCCGUGGGUGACCCAGGCGUGGAUGGGGAGACUCAGGUGACCACGCCCGUGGCCGCCCAGCCUCCCCCUCCGCGGUCCAGGGCCUACUCCCGCCGCGCCCGGUCUGCCUCCUCCCCGGUGACGGCCUCCCGCCGGAGCGCUCGCCUCGACGCUGCGUGCCCCGAGGGCGGCCUGGUCCUACCCGUUCGUGCUCGGGCAGAGCUCCGUGCCGCGGCCCGGAACCUGGAGCUAGCCAGCUCCUACACCACCACCGCCACGAUCUGGAACGUCCUGCUACAGAGUUUCGCCUCGCAGUCGAGGGCGAGGGUAAUACAGCUUCACUCCGCGAACGAACACACUCGCAAAGGGGACCUGUCGGCCGCGGCCUACUUCACCAAGAUGGUGAGCAUCUCCGACGAGCUGGCAGCCGCUGACAAGCCUCUGGAUGAGGACGACGUUAUCUCCCACAUCCUGCAAGGUCUUCUUCAUGAACCCGACUACAACGGCUUCGUCUCGGCCAUCUCCACCCGCACCAUCACCGAUCAGCCGAUCGGUCUCAGCUAG